AUGCGACCGUCUAGCGAGUUAUUAGAAAAUUUUUCCAAAUUAUCAGAGCUUGAUGCAAAUGCCAGGAGAACUGGGAUAAAAGCAAUUAUCGCAUUGCAAUCGCAACUUCUCGAGGACGAAAUUAAUAGUUACUGUUUGGAUAGGCUUAUUGGAGGAUUAGCGUCGCCAAGAGCGGCUUCUCGUAUUGGGUUUUCCACAGCUCUCAUGUGCCUCAUCACCACAGACGUCGGCAAAACGUGGAAUUUCGACAAACUGCAGAAAGUGGCUGACAAGAAGCUCGACUUAAACGAUAAAUCGUUGGCUAGCGCUCAUGCAAUUGGCCAUUUAUUCGUUCUAGUGGCCGUUGCGCAAACUAAAAAAUAUUCGGAAGCGGACAUUCCGAAAUUUUUCGAGAAAAUCAAAAAUGUCAAAGAAGUCUGCCCAUCUUUAACAUUUUCUCUAUACAAAUUGCUGGCGGAUUUCGUUCUCGGUCUCACCGAAGCACAAUAUCAAAAGUACGCGAUUCCAGCGUUAGAAUAUCACUUGGAGCCUCUGAAAAUGGUGUAUGCGCCCGAAACGGUGGCGUUGGCGCUCCUUCUACGCGGAAAAAGUCCGAAAAUGAUUGGAAAAUUCGCGAAAUUCGUCAAAUCCGAUGGAAAAUGCGAGUUUUCGCAAGAUCAACUCGAGAAAUUGUUGUUUGCCAUCAAGAGAUGCGACGCCGUUUCCACACAAACGUUCAUCAAUCUUUUGUUGUCGGCUUGCAAAAAUUCGGCGCAAUUUGAGAAGCUCUACACAGUGGUUUUUGAACCUUGGGCACUGGCCAGUAACGAAACGAAGGUGCUCGAUCGGGUCUCGUCAGUCGUCAAGCAGUAUUUCGAUAAUGGCGGAGAUUUGAACAUGAUUCCUGUGAUAUUCUCCAAAGAAAUAAUAAACCGAAUGGAGAUGGCGACGCGCGGCAAAGGGCAAAUGCGAUUUUUGCGAAAUGCGGUCCACUCAUUCGGCACCUAUAUCGACGCGAAAUUGAAGCAACUCAAUGGGUCCGAGGCGUUGUUGGCGCUCAGAGAGCUGGAGAAGCGCGGCAAUGUCGAUCGCGCGUGCGGCGUCUCGCUGACCAUCACACUUUUGUCGAAUUUCGACACGAAACAGGUGAAACAAUGGAUUGCGGAGGCGAUUGGCCGCGAGGAUGAGCUGCGCAAAAUUGUCGCCGCGUUUCCCGCGUGGUCGGAAUCAUCGCGAAUCGCGGUUUUGACGGCGCUUUUGGCGCAAAAGCCGACAAACACCACGCAAAAUAUUGUGACGAGCAUUAUCAACUCAUUGUUUUAUAUCAAGACGCGAGCUGGCGAGUUUGCGUCGAUUCAAUUGUCGGAGCACAAUGAACAGGUUUUAAGGCAGCUUGUCGUCGCCGCGGCGAAUGAUGAGGAGUAGGUGCUAGCAAUUGCUAAAAAUGAGGAGGAUGUGAAUAAUUCCCAGGUAUUCGUUGAUCUUCUAAUCGGAAUCCUCUCGCGAGAGAAGAAAUUCCACCGAACUCCAGUGGCUUUUGCUUUUGCUCAUGCGCUCUCUACUCUAAAAUCAGAAGAUUUGAUUCAUAUUGUCGAGACGGCCAUGAUGGGAGAGAAGGAAUUGAUCGAUGAUGGGGAAGAUGUUGAAGAUGAGGACGGAAUGCCGUUUGAUGAGAAUGAGGAUGAGGAUGAGAUCAGUGACAGUGAAGACGAGGAGGAGGAGGAAGCUGAUGAGAGUGUUGAUCAGGAAUUGUUGGACAAACUUAAUGAAGCUCUUGGAAGUGCUGCCAGCGAUAAGGAGAUGGAUGAUUUGGAUGAUGAGGAGAUGAUGAGAAUGGACGAGAAGCUCGCCGCGGCGUUUAAGGCGAUGGCGCCGAAGAAGACGAGCAAGCAGAAUGCGAAGAAUGUUGAAGCGCUGAAAAUGAAAAUUGCCGAUAUUCUGUUGAUUGCGAUCUCGUCAAAAGAUGUUAGCGAUUUGAACAAAUUGAAAUUGAUUUUGCCGCACUUGAAAUGGGCGAAAACCGACCUCAAGAAUCAUGAUCGUGUUGCGCAAAAGGCGAUUGAGCUCAUCAAAAUUAUUUUGCACGUCAAGAUGAGUGAUAUCAAUGAAAAGCAAGCGUUAUCGCUUUUCAAAGAAGUCAUUGAGGAGUCGAAGAAUGUUACGCAUCCGAUUCUUUUGGACACGAUUUCAUCGAUUAUUAGCUUCGCGAUUUUCGUUGGCUCGAAAAACAACAAAAUGUAUGAUAGUGUGAAAAUGGAGUUCAUGAAAGUGUUUGAUGGCUAUUUCAAGAGUGUUGAGGGCAAAAUUCCCACCGAGUUCGCGAUUAAGCCAAUUGUUAAUAGGCCGAAAUUAUUCAUUGGCGAGCUGCCGACACUCAUCGAGGCCGCAUUCGAUGAGAAUAAUCGCGUUUUUAAGAGGACGGAAGUUCUUGGAGCGGUAUCGAUUAUCUUAACCAAAGAAAUUGUUGGCGAUGAUUUCUCCGAUAAAUCGAUUGUUAAAAGAAUUGGGAAAUUUUUGGUCAAAUAUUUUUCGCCGGCUAUCGAUGGAGAUUUGGAGGAAGUGAAACCACGCCUUUUUGCGACGACUCUUCGUGUUUUGUUGAAUUUGUCGGCGACACUUUCUGGCAAUGAGAAGCUCGUUGGUGUUUUGCGCGCUGAAAUUGAAGGGAUUAUUAGAAAAAUGUCGGAGGCUGAAAAAUUGAAGAAGCUCAAGAAAAUGAAUCCAGUUUUUCAGCAGAUUAUUGGGCGCGCUUAUCCGAGCGCGAUGAAUCUGAUCCGAAAGAAUCUUGGAAUCGAGAAUGCUAUUGAAUGA